UGCACAACCUGUGGGAAAAGUUUUUUGUUUAAAUCUCAUUUACUUGCUCAUAUUGAGAUUCAUACAGGUGAGAAAUCUUUCUCUUGUGAGACCUGUGGGAAAAGUUUCACUCGAAAAUCUCAUUUAGUUCAACACAUGAGAUCUCACACAGGUGAGAAACCUUUCUCAUGUGAGAACUGUGGAAAAAGUUUCACUCGAAAGGAAAGCUUAACUGUUCACAUGAGAUGUCACACGGGUGAGAAGGUUCUCAAUUGUGGCACUUGUGGAAGAAAUUGUUUGACUAGAUCUCAUUUAGUUCAACACAUGAGAUCUCACACAGGUGAGAAACCUUUCUCAUGCGAGAUUUGUAGAAAAAGUUUCACUCAUAAAACCAGCUUAACUGCUCACAUGGUAACUCAUACAGGUGAGAAGCCUUUCUCAUGUGGGAUUUGUGAAAAGGGUUUCAGUCAAAAACAACACUUAACUUCUCACAACAGAAUUCACACAGGUGAGAAGCCUUUCUCAUGUGUGAUUUGUGGGAAAAGUUUCCCUUAUAAAAAAAGUUUAGAACGUCACAGGAGAAUUCACACUGGUGAGAAG